CUCUUAAUCAUUUCAAGGUUUCAACACUCCUCACUACAAUCCCUCUCCCUUCCUUCCUUUUGAUCACACACCUUCGCAUCUUCUCUUCCCAUAAGUAGUACACCACCCAUGAAAGAAACCCACAAACUCACACCACCAUACCCUCCCCACCUCUCCUCAACCAUGUCCACCAUUGGAUUUGAAGACCCCCACAAGGCCACCAAGAAGGUGGCUCACCGUCGCAACGACUCCGGCGAGCUUGAUGUCUUCGAGGCGGCACGCUACUUCGCAGGCGCCUUCACUGGUGCAACCUCCCCUCCUAAGUCCAUGAGGGAGGAGAGGCUUCUGUGGAGUGGAGGGAGGAAGAGCUUAGACAUACCCAUGCAACAUAACCAACAUCAUUCCUUUUCUCAUAGGCUUGAAAAGCAUCCCAAAGAGAAGAAAAGCAAGCAACCUAGAUCUCCUGGUGCUAAGCUGGCCAGCUUCUUGAAUUCUCUCUUCAGUCAAACAUCUUCCAAGAAGAAGUCAAAGUCAAGCUCUCACUCAAUGAGAGAUGAAGGAGAGAGUCCUAAUGGUAGAAGGAAAAGGAGGAGUAGCAUCAGCCAUUUCAGAAGCAUAAGUGCCAUGGAUUCACAGUACAUGUAUUCUUCUAGAAGUGCCUCUGGAUUUAGGACACCUCCUCCUAAGGUAUGUGGGGAUGUACAGCCCAGGUCAGUUACAGUCUACACUUCAAACGAGUCCCAUGAUGAGAAGAAGGAUUUGGGGUGGGACUGGUUGGAUCAAAGGUUCGGAUUCAAUGAUGGUUUUUUGGAGAAGAAUGGGACAUUGUUUGAUGAGAUUCCAUCAAAGGAGAGGAAUUUCAAGAAGGUUUGUGGAGAGGUUGAGGAUUGUGGGGAGAGUGAUUCAAGCUCUGACCUGUUUGAGCUGCAAAACUAUGAUUUGGGUGUGUACUCUAAUGGCCUUCCUGUCUAUGAGACCACCCAUGUGGGGCCCAUCAAGAGAGGUGCACCUAUUGCCAGUGGCUAGCACAUGUUUUUUCUUCCUUUUUUCUCUCUUGGUUUCAAGAAAAUUUGAUAUUUGCACCCAACUUUUCUUCAUAGUUGCACCUCUUUUCUAGUUUUUGUGACAUGGUGCUACAAAUUUGUGGUACUGUGUUGCAAAAAGUAGAAGAGAAGGGGUAAUAUAUCAAAAAGUGGGGGUGUAUGUAGUGGUUCCCUACUUCCCUUGUUUCUCUUUGUUUUUUUCCUUUUUAUUUGGAGAUUGCCUUCUCUUGAAUGUAAUAAUAAGAAAGGGGAAAUGAAGGGGCUUGUGAAGAUUGUG